CCCGCCGCGCCUCCGCAGCCCCUCGAGUAGCAGGGCAGGGCCGGGCAGCGCGGCGGCGGCGGCAGCAUGGGCGAGAAGGCCGGCACCAGGGUUUUCAAGAAGUCCAGCCCCAACUGCAAGCUUACCAUCUAUCUGGGGAAGAGGGACUUUGUGGACCACCUGGAGAGAGUCGACCCUGUUGAUGGAGUAGUUCUUGUGGAUCCUGAAUACCUGAAGGAUCGGAAGGUUUUUGUGACGCUGACCUGUGCCUUCCGAUAUGGGCGCGAGGACCUCGACGUGCUGGGCCUCUCCUUCCGCAAGGACCUCUUCUUGGCCUCGUGGCAGGCCUUCCCGCCCACUGAGGACGCCCCCGAACCUCUCACCUGCUUACAGGAGCGGCUGCUGCGCAAACUGGGCACCAACGCCCACCCCUUCAGUUUCAUUAUCCCUCAGAAUCUGCCCUGUUCAGUGACGCUGCAGCCAGGCCCCAAAGACACAGGGAAGGCUUGUGGAGUAGAUUUUGAGAUCUGGGCAUUCUGUGCCAAAAACGUAGAUGAGAAGAUCCAUAAAAGGAACUCCGUCCGCCUCGUUAUCCGCAAAGUCCAGUAUGCCCCGGAGACACCCGGUCCUCAGCCCAUGGCUGAGACCACCCGCCACUUCCUGUUGUCGGAUCGGUCCCUGCACCUCGAAGCGUCACUCGACAAGGAGCUUUAUUACCAUGGUGAGCCCGUCAGCGUCAACGUUCACGUCACCAACAAUUCUAGCAAGAGCGUCAAGAAAGUGAAUGUGUCUGUGCGGCAAUAUGCAGACAUCUGCCUGUUUAGUACAGCCCAGUACAAGUGCCCCGUGGCCCAAAUAGAACAGGAUGACCAAGUGGCGGCCAGCUCCACCUUCUGCAAAGUCUACACCCUGACGCCCCUGCUGAGCAACAACCGGGAGAAAAGGGGCCUCGCCCUCGACGGGAAGCUGAAGCAUGAGGACACCAACCUGGCUUCCUCCACCAUCGUAAAGGAGGGCGCCAACAAGGAAGUCCUCGGCAUCCUGGUUUCCUACCGCGUCAAAGUGAAGCUGGUGGUCUCCCGGGGCUGGGACGUGGCCGUGGAGCUUCCCUUUGUCCUUAUGCACCCCAAGCCGCCUGACCAGACCCCCCUUUCACAGACCCCUUCAGCUGCCCAAGAAACGGACACUCCAGUCGACACAAAUCUUAUCGAGUUUGAAACCAACUACGGACAGGAUGACGACAUCGUUUUUGAAGACUUUGCCCGCCUGCGCUUAAAGGGCUUGAAGGAUGACAAGGAAGACGAUGACCAUUUCUGCUAGGAGAGCCCCUCCCUGCCUGGGAUCGCCGCCCCCCCCCCGUGAAUGUUUUUUAUUACUUUCCCCUCCAGUUGCAGGAGCCAUUUGCCCCUCACCUUGUGUCUUCUGUGCUGGGGGGGGGGCUUUUAAU